GAGUAGCAAGGUCUGAAAGGAAGAGAGCAGUUCACAGGUGUUGGUCAAGGCGAUGUUUUCAGAUAGCGAAAGGCUGUUCAAAACGGAAGGGUUUCUUGGCCCCUUGGAGACCUAGUUAUUUGCUGUGACCCUAGGCACUACUCUUGAUCCUGUUCCUGAGUUUUCCUGGUGCAUGUUUGUAUUUUUUCUUUGGAGUAGACCAUCUGGGAACAAAGCAGGACAAGUCUGGGCCCCCGAAGGAUCUACAGCUUUCAAGUGUCUCAUCUCAGCCAGGUUCUGUGCUGCUCUCUUGAGCAACAUCUCGGAUUGUGAUGAGACAUUUAACUACUGGGAACCGACACACUACCUCGUUUAUGGGAAGGGGUUCCAGACGUGGGAAUACUCUCCAGCCUAUGCCAUCCGAUCCUAUGCUUACUUGUGGCUUCAUGCCUUACCAGCCUUGUUCCAUGCUAAAGUUCUGCAAACUAAUAAGGUUCUUAUCUUCUAUUUCCUCCGAUGCCUCCUGGCCUUCCUGAGCUGCAUUUGUGAACUCUACUUCUAUAAGGCCGUGUGCAAGAAAUUUGGGCUGCAUGUGAGUCGGCUGAUGUUGGCCUUCUUAGUUCUCAGCACUGGCAUGUUUUGCUCAUCUGCAGCUUUCCUCCCAAGCAGUUUCUGCAUGUACACCACAAUGAUUGCCAUGACUGGCUGGUACAUGGAUAAGACCUCUGUAGCUGUGUUGGGGGUGGCUGCUGGAGCCCUUGUUGGCUGGCCCUUCAGUGCAGCUCUUGGGCUUCCUAUUGCCUUCGACUUGUUAAUACUGAAGCGGAGGUGGAAAAGCUUCUUAAACUGGUGUGUGGUAUCGUUGAUCAUGUUUCUGGUGCCCUUGGUAAUUGUGGACAGCUAUUACUAUGGGAAGCUGGUAGUUGCACCUCUCAACAUUGUUUUAUACAACGUCUUCACUUCUCAUGGGCCUGAUCUCUAUGGUACUGAACCCUGCUCCUUCUAUUUCAUCAAUGGCUUUCUGAAUUUCAACGUGGCAUUUAUUUUGGCUCUGCUUGUCCUGCCGCUGACUUGCUUCAUGGAGUGUCUGCUCCAGAAAUUUCAUGUUCAGAAUCUGGGCCGUCCCUACUGGCUGACACUAGCUCCUAUGUACAUUUGGAUCAUGAUUUUCUUCAGUCAGCCCCACAAAGAGGAGAGGUUUCUCUUUCCUAUCUAUCCUCUCAUCUGUCUUUGUGGUGCUGUGGCGCUCUCUGCUCUUCAGAAGAGUUACCACUUCAUAUUCCAGCGCUACCGCCUGGAACACUACACAGUCUCCUCCAACUGGUUGGCUCUGGGGACUGUCUUUCUCUUUGGCCUGUUGUCAUUGUCGCGCUCUGUUGCCUUAUUCAGAGGCUACCAUGGGCCUCUGGACUUAUACCCAGAAUUUCACAGGAUUGCAACUGACCCAACUAUUCACACUGUGCCAGAGGGGAGGCCAGUUAAUGUCUGUGUGGGAAAGGAGUGGUACAGAUUUCCAAGCAGCUUUCUUCUGCCAGAUAAUUGGCAGCUCCAGUUCAUCCUGUCAGAAUUCAGGGGCCAGUUACCGAAACCAUUUGCCAAGGGACCAAUGGCAACGCGGAUCAUUCCCACGGACAUGAACGACCAAAACAGGGAAGAGCCAUCGCGAUAUAUUGACAUUUCCAAAUGCCAUUAUCUGGUGGACUUGGAUACAGCAGCUGAAACCCCAAGGGAGCCAAAGUAUUCCUCCAACAAAGAAGAGUGGAUCACCAUUGCCUACAAGCCAUUCCUAGAUGCGUCCAGCUUGCCUGGGGAUGUUUCCUGUAAGGUGCGCUGGUGUAUGAGAUACCUUCUCAGUCAUGACCCCACUCUGCUCUGCCAGGCUGCAUGGCAUCAAUGUCCUCAAAGCUGCUGCGUGCGUUCUACAUCCCUCUCCUGUCAGAACAGCACACAUGGUAUGCAAACUAUACUAUUCUGAAAUCCCGGAGGGUGAAGCAAAUCAGGAAAAAAAUGGGAGGCUAGCAACACACCUGGUAAACAGAAUCAUAAGCAUCCACUGACACUGCUGGACAGCUGGCUAAGCCUUCUUCAGUUCCCUUUUUGAAAGACUGUGCGCGUAAGAUCCACUAAUAAAGAUUUCCCAUGAAGUGAUUUCACUCUGCAAGCCUCCAGCUGUAAAAAGGGUACAUCAUCUGCUUUCAGUUCUCGAUGUCAGGUCUCUGCUCUGCCUACACAGAACAUACUGGUAAGAAACAGUUUGAAAAUCCAGCAGCCACCUACAAACAUAUUGUCCCUGCUGCUCCCUGUGUUAUUAUCUAUUACACUGGAGAAGAGGAAAAUGAAAAAUAACAAGGAAUGACAGUGUGAGGUUAUGCUCCAGGUUGCAGUCUGGCAAUGGGAAAACCCAGCUCCACCCUUCUUUCUCUCAGUCUCUCUGUAGUCCUCAUCUGCCUAAGUAGUGCUCACUUUCUCCCACGGAGCUUUUUCAGAUAACAGUAUUUAAGAAAAACAUUUUUAAAGGAAAAGAAGGGGGAGGGCAGGGAAAAAAAAACCCUGGGAGAAAAUUAACUGUGAAAUGCACUGAACGUCAAGGAACGAGGUAGUCUAUGCCAUGGAGAAACAGCCUAAGGUUGCUCUGCCCAGGAGACGCUUUCAAGGAAAAACUUGUGCUUUUGGGGAAAAAAAACAAAACCAAAACUGAUGAAUUGUGUCAAUUAUCUGUUUUAAUGGAAUCAGGGUAUUUUUGUUAUAUCUUUGAUAGUGUGAAACACAGGUUUUGUUUGUUAUUCAUAAUUCCUUAAAGAGGCCUCCUGUAACAUCCUUUGAAUUCUGGUCUACGACAUCUAAGAUUUCCAGAAACAUCCAAAAAGGAGAAAAAAAUUUAAUUUUUCUUUAUAUGGUUCUGUCUCCCAAAUCUACAAGGCAGAGAGUAUGUGUGUUUCAUUGGUCCAGUAUGCUCCAGAGAAAUGCAGUAUUUGAUUAUAGCUCCAUUUUUUUAAAACAUGUUGCAUUGCAAGCCAGAUGAAGAGGCUUUUUUCAUCUGUGCAGGAAUGGGAUGGCGUGAGAUAGAGCUGAGAGGCAGUGCCUUUUUUUGCAAAAAGGCUGCACAAGCUUUGUGCCCCGCUCUUACACCUGUGAAUACAUUGGUCACGUGUGCAGUGACAAGGUGCCAGAGCAGGUGGAUCAGGAAGCAGGUGGGUUUGUAUGCAAACAGCAAAGCAUGUGCCCCUGGGGAUACGUAUGCUGGUCCAGGUGCAGAAUCCUGGGGUAGGCAAAUCUCUUGGCCGGUCUGCAGGUUAACAGCUGAGCCGAAUGGGAAGGGCAGGCUGUACCAUCAGGGCUGUGAUUUAACAUGACACUAUUGGGUCAGAGCAGAAAGAGCUGGACGAGGAGCAAGGCAUGGCUGGAAUCAGAGGAGACGCCUUGGAAAUGUAGGGAGUGGCUAAGUCCCCUUGGGGCACUGAACGCAGAAGAGGAACAUUAGGAACAUUCCAGAGAGGGGGAACAAAAUGGACUCUAGGGCCAGUGGCUGCAGUUCUGUUUUAAGAUCCCUCCCCAAGUAAGAUAAAAGGCAUGGAAGCCAGUGUUGAACCAUGCUGCUGACUUCCGAGUUCUUUCUGAUUAAUCAACCAGGUCUGCAGCUAGGAGUGUCUUGAAGAGGUUUUCCUUGGUGUUAGCCUCAGAAUAAUUUUCCAGAUAGAACCUGGAGACCAGAGAGACAGGUAGCUUCCUCCAACUCUGAAACGAUCUUGAAUUCUCUUCAGCCUCUUGAGCCCUGAUUGUGACUCCAGAACAGCCGACUGCUCACAGCAUCCCCGGGUUUUGAUUCCCUUGUCUCCUCUUGGAAGAGGGAGGAGUCACUGUGCAGAGAGUGAUUUGCAAGAAUGAAUAUAUGUGAAGUUGGCCUCAGAUCUCUUACUACUUCUGAAACUUAUAUCUGCAGUUGAUUCUACCAUUUAGAUCAGUAGGUGCUAGUGAGUGACAUGCUUCAAAUAUAUGAAACCAGUAAAUACUGUUAUCAGCCUGUUUGUGGAUAUUGUGAUUUGGUGAUAGAGCUCUCAUUAAGGUCUUAUUUCAGCCUUGGGUGAGCCGUAAGCACUCAGCUAAUGUGUUGUGUUCUCUGUUUUUUGUGCUUUCCUGUCUGUGGAGCUUGUUACUGUAGGUAGAAGACGCUCUGCAUGCAGGGCUGGCACGGUUUCCAUCCCAGCUUCUCUCAGCGCUCUGCACAUUGUAACAACCCUAUUUUCCUGAUCUUAUUUCUCUCGUGAUGUUGAAAAUUUCCCUAUUGUGGUCUGCAAGCAGAGUAGAGGAUGUGUCUGUCACCUGUCAGAAAAAAGCGAGUGGAACCUCAGAACUGACAAAUGGCUGGAGACAAGCUGUGUUUAAUGGAGGCCAAGAGUUCUGAUUCUCCUUUGCAUUUCAUUAAGGAGGAGUUUUUUUAAUGGCCUUGUGCUUUGUUGAUAACACGUCUUAUACAGUUCAAACCGCAGUAAGAGCAAACAGUUCACCUCUGUUGUCUGAGUGAUUAGAGCAUGGAGAAUGCAGUCCUCUUCCCUUUGACCCGCACUGUAUGAAGGAGCAGUUUAAAGUUGAAACUCUUUCUGAACUCAGAGUUUGAAGGCGUAGGGGGACCAUUGCAGUGUGUAAGUCUUGGCCUUCUGCAGAGAUGGAUUUCACUAUGUGCAAAUAUCACCCCUCGUGACAGCCAAAUGUGGUGCUUAAAGGAUUUCAGCCAAGCAACUUGUGUCUUGGGUGAAUCGGCUUGAAAGGUCGCAGGCACAUUGCAGAUCAGCGUUGCAGUGUCUGUAUUCAUGGUAUUCCCCUAUAUCCCUACAGCUGGCUCUCUCCCUGCUGAAAGUUUACAUGUGUUGAACAGGCCUCUUCUGUGGUGAAUCAGAAUCAAUACUCUUGUCUUCCUUGUUGCCACUCCCCUUGCUCAUCUGUGACUAUAAAUUAAAUAAAUGCAAUUGAAGAACCAA